AUUGCCAAAGGCGGCACCUCGUUUCUAGGGCACAAAACCACACCUCAAUCGUGAUUUCUACUUCCCCCCAAACCCUCGACGGAUCGAUCUUUGAGCUUUUCCGGGCUCCUCCAAUGGCGACGUCCUUGCCGUCGCCGUCCUCCCAACCCUCGGACGCCAACACAGAGAAACCGGAAAUCCAGAACCCUUCUAUCAAUCAUCCAGACUCUGGACUCGCCUCCGAGAACCCUAAACCUAUCCCUAAUCCUUUGCCUUCUCCGGUGAUCCCUCCUCCUCCUGCUGCCCCUUCCUUCACACCCGCUUUCCGACCUCUUGGCGCCCCUACUGGCUUGCCGUAUCCUGCCUUCUCGAACCCUGGUUACCCUCCUCCGCCGAUGGUCCAGAACCCGGGGAUCCAGCCUCCUGGAGUCGCGGUGAGUGGUGCUGGAGCUGUACCGGCCUCCGUCCCGCCGAUGAGGCCUGGCAUGUAUCCCGCCCCACCGGGCCAGGUUCCGGUGGUGUAUGGCCCGGGGCCGAACGGGUACAUGGCUGUUCCCCCGCCAGGUCCUCUUGCUCCUGGUGUGAUGCCUCCUCCUGGAAUUCCUCGUUAUCCUGGUCCAUAUCCGUUGGUUCGGGCUGGAUUUCCUCCACGACCUGGUUUUAUUUCACCACUUGGACGGCCUCCUAUCCCUGGUAUUCGUGGCAUCCCUCCUAUUGCUACCCCAAUUGUUCGGCCACCUAUCACCAUUGUUGCCCCCCAGGAGAAGCCACAGACCACAGUUUAUGUUGGCAAGAUUGCUCCCACGGUUGAUAAUGAUUUUCUGCUUUCUCUUCUUAGGCUUUGUGGUCCAGUGAAAAGUUGGAAGCGUGCACAAGAUCCCACUGAUGGUACUCCCAAAGGCUUUGGUUUUUGUGAGUUUGAGUCUGCUGAAGGGGUGCUUAGAGGGUUGCGUGUGCUGAGUAAAUUAAGCAUUGAUGGUCAAGAGCUUGUGCUCAAUAUUAACCAAGCCACUAGGGAAUAUCUUGAUCGUUACAUUGAGAAGAAAACUGAAAGUGAAAAGCUUAAAGGACCUGAAUUAGAAAUUGCUACAGAGGAGAAUAAAAGUGCAGCAGCAGUUGAAAAUAAAGAGCCCCAAAAUCCAAAGCCCAUUGAAGAAGAUCUAGAUACCUCCAGGGAUAAAGAAACCCAGGAAAGUACGCAGAAAUUUGGUAUCAUUACCGAUGAGGACCAUGAUGCUGACAGAGAAAUAUUGGAAAAGGUUACUAGUAUGAUAGAAGAAAGAAUAAAGACCAAGCCUCUUCCCCCUCCCCCACCAAUGCAGGUGCCUGCAGAUGCUAAGUCAAACUCGGAAGUACCUUCUAAAUCAAGAGAUGGUGACUCAGGUGUGGAUGCUAUGAAAGAUGUUGACAAUAGAAAUGAUGAUGAGACAACAAGCGAAAUGAAGUCAGCAGCAGAACUUGAAAAACCUGAAGCUAGCUCUGCAGAUAAAGGGAGUAGGCAUGAUCGAAGGGGUAGAGAAAGGGACCGAGAUUUGAAAAGGGAAAAGGAAAGGGAGCUUGAGAGGUAUGAGCGGGAGCGUGAGAGGGAGAGAGCGCGAAGGGAGAGGGAGAGGGAUAUUAAAUCAAGAGAAGUUGAGCGAUUGUAUAAUGAGCGUCUUAAGGAGUGGGAAGGCAGAGAGAGAGAGAAAGAGCGCCAUAGGAAGUAUGAAAAAGACAGAGAAAAAGAAAGGGAAUGGGAACGGCGUAAACUGGUCAUGAAGCAAGAAGAUGAAAGUGACGAUGAAGAUAUUAGAAGGCGGCGCUAUAGGAGUAGCAUGUAUGAGGAGAAGAGGAGAAGGAGAAAGCGAGAAAGGGAGGACGACUUGGCUGAUAGGUUGAAAGAAGAGGAAGAAACUGCUGAGGCAAAGAGGAGGGCAAUUGAAGUUCAGGAAAAAAUCAAUUCUAUAGAACUCUCUGCUCAGGUGUCCAUUGAUGUUGAAAAGGUUGCAACACAAGAUGAAGAAAUGGUUAUUGAUGGUAUGGAAAAUGUUGAAGAGGAUUCUCAUCAGGGUGAUGGUAUCGAUAAAAAUGGCUGUAAUGAUGAACAGGUAGGAUCAACCACAGGGUCUGAUACAAAACAGAACUGCCAUGUUCCAACUAGGAAGCUGGGUUUUGGUUUGGUGGGUUCAGGAAAAAGGGCAGCUAUGCCAUCUGUUUUCCAUGAAGCAGAUGAUGAGGAUGUAGAGGAGAGAAAGAUGAGACCUCUAGUGCCGAUUGAUUACUCUACUGAUGAAAUACAGGCUAUUCAAAGCGCAACUUCUGCAGCCCAACCAAAUCUGGUUGCUGCCGCAGAAUUUGCAAAGCGCAUCUCUAGUGUUAAUCACAAAGAAGAGAAGUUGGAUGUUGACAAGGAAAGGAACAAGCGAACUAGUGAUAGAGCAAGUCAGAGGGAGAGAGAUCGUUCUGAUGACGGGAAUAGCCGAUUGAGGGAUGAAAACAAGGAGAGGAUACAUAAGGUUCAUGACCGGGAGAGGGAUCAGGAAGAUAAGCUAAAGGAGAACAGGAAGCUCUUGGAUGCAAAGCAACUGAUUGACAUGAUUCCAAAGACAAAGGAUGAACUGUUUGCUUAUCAAAUUAACUGGGAUGUGUAUGAUAAGCAUAAAUUGCAUGAACGAAUGAGGCCCUGGAUAGCUAAGAAGAUCACCGAGUUUCUGGGGGAAGAGGAAGACACUUUGGUGGAUUACAUUGUGAGCAACACCAAGGAACAUGCACAAGCAUCAAAAAUGCUUGAACUGCUUCAAUCCAUCUUGGACGAUGAGGCUGAAAUGUUUGUCCUCAAAAUGUGGAGAAUGCUUAUAUUCGAAAUAAAGAAAGUUGAGACCGGUCUUACCGGGAAACCAAGAGGAUAAAGAGGCAGAGGUUAGGUUUCUUUCAACUGGGCUGUAUUUUUAUUGAGCAAUCAUUUCUUCAUUCACAUGGUUAUAGUGGCAAAAUAGUUAGUGUGUAAAAGCACCCAUCGAAAGUGAUCAUCUUUGAAACACCAGCAUUUUCAUAGCAUUUAUGAUGUGCUGCUCUAUUGCCUUUGAGUAGGUAUCUAGUAGGGUUUUCAGUCCUUGACAAAAACAUGUUUUGUUUUUAUAUUUCAUGUAAUUUGUGAACGGCUGCAGCUUGUUUUUAAAGGAGGGGGGGAAGAUCAAUUAUAAUUGGCAAUGUUUCUUCCACAAGUUUACAAAUACUGUAAAAGCUCUGGCGAACAGAAUGUUUGUGUGGAGGAAUACUGGCUCAGGUUCCAUUUUUUAAGAUCAUGGCUUGGAUAAUAAUGUAAUCACGGAGGAAAGGUAAUAUAUUGGACUUUGUGAAGUGUGCAGUGAACGUUGAACAUUUUCUUUGUCUUGUUUACAAGUCAUAUGAGAGGCACAUUUUGUGUGCUAUGUAUGUUGGAUACCUCUUUGCCUGAUGCUUAAUGUUUGUGGCUAAACAAUCUUUGUAAAUUAAUUUA